AGUGAUUUAUUGUUUCAUUUGGAAUAUCGCUUUUGUUAUAGAACUGCAUGCGUAUGAUAUAGCUUGAAAGAAGUUUUAAAAUCGGUCCAGUAGUUUUGGAGCCUGUUUGAUGCAAACAAACAAAUUAUCAAAUAUUUCCUCUUCAUAAUAGAAAAAAUAAAGGUGUUAUUUUCUUUCAGACAAUCCUCGUGAGAGAUAACUAUGAUUCAAAUGGACAAUUACAAGCGUCCUUCGCCAUCACCAUCACGAAGUUCGGUGAGAAGCGACAGUCGGGUGUUCCGACAACCGCGCAUCAUCCACGUAAACCGUGACGCGUCAACUAUGGUUGACGGGGAGACCAGUGCUGGGCCAGCUAUUCCCCAGUCCGAACCACAUAUGGAACCGCACGCUGCACACUUUCGAUCACGCACCUUCAGCGACGGUUUUAUCAGAAACACUAGCCUCGAACUCCUACUAGGCGUUGACUGCGAAGCAUGUCUCGCCUUAGCAGCUCAAAGGCAGUGCAUGGGUAAACAUAUACCAGAGCACGACUUUAAUUUGGUCUGCAAUUGUAAUAUACAGCAAAACAACUAUUUAAACUGCCAUCGAGAUGCAGUAGACCAACGUGGACACACCCUUAAUAUUUACGAUCUGGAGAGGAUCAAAAGGGAUACCGGUCGGAGCCACCUCACUAUCGGGUCGCAUCGCAGUCUGGACCGCAAACAUACUAAGAGCAAAACUAUCGGAGUCUCGAACUAUAUUUCGAAACAAUUAAUUUCAUACGACCCUACAAACACUCUUGUUCAGAAAAUAAAAAGAAAACUUUCCAAUUUAAAAAGGAUGGGCGGUGACACGAUGCUAAAAAAACAUACAAAUGCGGUCCAACUCGCCGAGAUAACAUCAGGCUCGACGAGCUCUCUCAAAAAACUAUCGAUGCUGUCGCUCGUAGACAAGUCGCAAAGGAGGGUUAAUAGUCAAAACUGUAUUUUCACAUCGACGAGGUAUCAGCCGAAAGAAGACUUGAAGAACAGCGGUUCUACUUAUGCAAAUUUUUCUGGUAACGUGGACCAAUGUUUCGAUAGACUCAAAGAUAGCAAUGCUAACUCAGAUACUACUAGAAAAACGAUGCAAAAAAUGGUUAAAAUGAGAAGUUUCGACAAUAAUGACGAACUAUUAACUAGAAACUCGCCCGCUUUAGAAUCGAUGAAAUUUUCCACGCUAGAUAAUAGAAGUCGUUGUAGAAGUAUAAGAAGACAAAUGUCUUAUAAUGAUUUUCCCAGUGAACGGUACAGGGAUCGUGUUUCGGAGAGCUGGUCUCGGGACGACACUACUGCUGAGUCGAGGAGCACACGCAGCGAUCUCGUUGAUGACGACCCACACUCCUUUCUCGACGCCGAUCUCAUCAUGAUGGGUCCACGUACCGUGCACGCUCACUGCACUUGUGAUUCAGCCCAUGACACUAGGAUACCUUCAAUAUUUUACGAUACACAGGGUAAGAAACGAAGUGCACCAGCGCCUGAUGUGACGGACCGGGGUCAGAGCCGGACAUGCGGUGCAUGCAAAUCGCCGCAAUGGCCACCUGGUACGGCCUCUACCACUAGCCACAGCUCUACAACCACAGGCAACUCUUCCCGCUUCUCCGUGUGGCAUCGGCGUUGGUGCUGCGUGGCAGUACUUGUUCUGGUAGCUGGCACUGCAUGUGUAGCGGGGCCCCUCGCUUUACGGGCCCCACCGGGGGCUCCUCUCCACGAACGACUAAGGCUCGCAGAACGUUUAUUACAUGACACUCCUCUCAUUGAUGGUCACAACGAUCUACCGUGGAACAUCAGGAAAUUCUUACACAACAGAUUAAAAGAUUUCAGAACUAAAGAACGGAACUUCUGUAAAACUCGAACAGACGAUAAUGAUUAG